AAAAAAAAAAAAUUAAUAUAAUGAGUCAUGACACAGUAUGGACAUGUCUUUGACAUCCUAUUGCAGAUGAUGGGUGAAGAAGCUUAUGUGGAUGACUUUGUGAAGGUUGCUGUUCUUGCUGAUCCUCAGCUUAUGGACAAGACUUCCCUUGGACUUGCUCCAAAAUCACUUGCUCUGGAGAUCGUACAGUUUUACACAGAUUUGUAUAUGCGGAGAUCAUAUCUUGCAUCUAUUUUGCCUUUCAAGCCUGAUGUGAUUCUGUUCCUGGGUGAUUACUUCGACGGGGGGCCUGUGUUGUCAGAUGAAGAGUAAGCACGGGGAACUGUUUUCAGUUGUAUGUCUAUUUGCAUUUUUAUUAAGUAAUACUUCAGUUCUUUGUGAAGAAUAUGUUGUGAAUGAGCUGCACUGGUGCUUCUUGGCCCUUGCUA